GAAAGAAGCCUGCAAUUUACAAUAGAGACCCCCAAAUUAUCCCCACCCUUUUUUUCGUACUCUUUCGGAGCUGACGAAGUUGGACUUAGGACGAUUAGCAGAAAACUAAAGAAGCAUACCAAUGGAUGCGGAGAAGCUUCAGCAACUAAAGCUCUUCAUACAGCUAUGUAAAGCUAACCCUUCAGUCCUGCACGAUCCCUCCUUCGCCUUCUUUAAGAAUUAUCUUCAAAGCUUGGGUGUCCACAUUCCGCCUCCCGCUAAUUCAUCAAUGAAAGACGAGCAGGGUCAUAAAGGAGCGGACAUUUCAGAUACUAAUGAUUCCAAGAAAUCUUCAUCCUCUGAUGAUAACCUGGAUGAAGAUAUAGUUGAGUCAGAUGUUGAGCUGGAUAACAGUAAUAUUGUGCAGCCUGAUAAUGAUCCUGCCCAAAAGAUGGGAGAUUCUUCAGUUGAAGUAACUGAGGAGAGUCGAGAAUUGGCACAAGAAUUAAAGUCAAAAGCUAUGGAUGCAGUCUCUGAAGGAAAGCUGAAUGACGCCAUUGAUAAUCUCACAGAAGCAAUAUUGCUGAAUCCGAAGUCAGCAAUUUUAUAUGCAACUAGAGGUAGUGUCUUUGUUAAACUGAAAAAGCCAAAUGCUGCAAUUCGUGAUGCUGAUGCAGCUUUAGAGAUCAACCCUGAUUCAUCUAAAGGGUACAAAAUACGAGGAAUGGCUAGGGGGAUGUUGGGCUUAUGGGAAGAAGCAGCGAGUGAUCUACGGACGGCAUCAAAACUAGAUUAUGAUGAUGAGAUUCAAGUAGAGCUUAAAAAGGUAGAACCUAAUGCAAGAAGAAUUGAAGAGCAUCGUCGGAAAUAUGAACGUCUAAGAAGGGAAAGGAACUUGAGGAAAAUGGAACAUAAAAAACGACAGAGAGCAGAAGCCCAGGAUCGUGAAGCUAUGUCUGUUUUGAAAGAUGGACAAGUCAUUGGGAUCCACUCUACCAAUGAAAUGGAGGCUAAAUUGGGAGCGGCAAAGAAGACAUCCCGAUUGGCGAUUCUGUACUUCACUGCUACUUGGUGUGGGCCAUGUCGCCACAUUUCUCCUGUUUAUACAACUUUGGCUGCCAAGUAUCCGAAAGUAGUGUUUUUGAAAGCUGACAUAGACGAGGCGAGAGAUGUUGCAGUGCAGUGGAACAUUAGUAGUGUCCCGACCUUUUAUUUUAUAAAAGAUGGUAAACAGGUUGAUAAGGUGGUUGGCGCUGACAAAAAUUCUCUUGAAAAUAAAAUUGCUCAGUAUUCUAGUUCAUGAGACAAGGAGUACUACUUGAAGCUACGGCUGUAUCUUUCAUUAAGUGGCUGGUGGAAACAUCAUAUUCUGUGUUUGUAUAACUACUUGCGACUUGCGAGUUUUAAAAAGUCUAUACUUUGUCUUUGGGAUUUUGGCUGAGUGAUUGCUUUUUAGGCAUUUCUGCAAGUUGCAAUUGUAAUACUGGUUUGACAGUUUAUGCUACGCUUUUCAUCUCUUUUACAGCUCACUGGAUGUAGCACUAACUGUAGUUCACUUAAGUUUCUGUGGAGUAAAUCUAGCGCAGGCUCGGUUCGUCUUAGUAUGAUGAUAUCAACUGCAGUUCUCUUGAUUGCACCAUUUCUGUUCUAAAAUUCCUUUGCUGAGAUAGUCUCUAUUUAUAUGAAGA